CUUUUGUUCCUAUAUUUUGUCAACAAUACACUUUAUGUAGUCUAUAGGUUGCAUGCCAAAGAAUAGUCGGCUAGAAGAAUUUGAUGGGUGACUUGUCUCAUACAACAAUACAACAUUCCAUUUAAAAGUUUCACAAUUUUUUAGUGACAGGGUCUGAAGGUGUAUUAAAGGCACAUGGUGGUCAAACACUUUAUAAAUAAAGAUUUACCACAAACUCGUUACAUUAUUUUUAUCCUGUAUGUCUCUUUAAUCUCAUAAAAAUGAUUUCCGCAUAUAAAUUUACAAUAAGGCCUAGAGAUAGAUUGUGCUUCCUGCAUAAGACCCUAAAAGGAAUGAAUUGUCAUUAUAAUCACAUUUAGAACUACUGUCUACAAACAUCAUUUUAUAUAUUAGUUUCAACCUACUAUUUUUCAGCUUUCAUAAAAUGUAGAAUAGGAAAGUCAAAUGUUUUUCACAUGGUCAGAUGUACUGUUGACUCAAUAAAUAAAUGAACCCAUUCAUCGGCUGUUAGGAAACCUGGUUUGGUUCCUCUCUGUGGUUGAAGUCACCGACAACACUCACAGAGAGCGGCUUGGUAUAAACUUUUAAGAAAAAAACAAACUACCUUUAGAUAUAAAAUAUGCAACUAGGCCUUUUUCAACUGUGAAAGGACAGUUUGUUCAACUAAUGGCAACAGUCUUGGUCUCUGUACCUAGGUGCUAUGGGAUCUCUCACCAUAGUAAAAUAAAUUGAGUCUGUAUUGAUGAGGCUAAACAGGAAUAACACCUUGUAAAACCAAUUUGAAAAUCAAACAUUUCCUGUGUUCUAAACUUUAAAAACUUCUUAACUAAUUUUGUGUAUACCCUGAAUGAAGCUUUUGCAACAGGCCCCAGAUUUUAUAACUAACGUUUUGUGUAACAAAUAAAAUCAGUCUACCUUAAUGUUUGCUUUGAUUAUUGCUGGCAAAAACAGAUUGAAACAUUAUUAUGUAAUAUUACAUUAAUAUAAUAUUAUUAUAUAUUACUAUAUACCAUUUUGUGUGAUUAUUGUUGCCAAGUGAUUCACGCACCGGAUAUGAAGGAUUUUGUUUUCGAUUUUGCAUUUUAAUUGCAAAUGCAUUGACAAUUUUGUCCCCUUGUUGUAGAGUUGACCAUUGAAUAUUCAUAUUUUGUAUAUUAUAUAACAACACAUACUUUUAACUGAAUUAUUUCUAUACUUUCUAAAAGGGGAGGAGCCUUACUUUAACUUGCCUCCUCCGAAAUGAACCUUACUCCGCUAUUCGAACAAACUAAGAAUCAACCACACAAAUGGAGGGACACUGUGCUAACUGGACUCUUCUCGUGGUACUGUGCUGCCUACUGCCACCGUCAACUCAGGCUGGCAGACAAAUGCCAAAGAUCUCCGACAAGAAGCUAUGCGCUGAUUCAGAAUGUAGCCAUCCCAUUCUCAUUGCUAGAGCCCUGCAGGAUUAUUAUCCACAAGACUGUCGCUUCAUUCCAAUCCACCAAGGCCAGUCUGUCUAUGUCUACUCAAUGCUGAAAGACCGUGGGAAUCUUUUCUGGGCUGGCAGUGUUCAAGGGUCGUAUUAUGGAGACCAGGAGGCUCGUCUGGGAUAUUUCCCGAGCAGUGUUGUUGAAGAAACUCAUCCGCUAAUGCCUGCUGAGGUUGAGGUCAAGACUGAUAAAUGGGACUUCUACUGCUACUAAGUUAUUCAGCCAGGUUGCAGCUUACAGGAAUUUGAGCAUAAUUCUUGGCUCCACUCUGCACUUUACAGUUGCAGUUUUUCUACUUGUAUUAAAUGUAGUAACUUACCUAAGGGUACUAUUCAAUUAAAGAAAACAUAUAUUACUGUGCAGAAGCUUGAUAAACUGUAAAUGCAUGUUGUUGCAGUAGUUUGAAUAAAAAAAGGAGCAGCUG